AUGUGGCUUCAUAGGCUUAUAAGUAGCGCCAUUGCAGGAACGCUGCUCCUCCACAACCACAUGCAAGAUGGGUUCCCAACAUCUUCUAUCCUCUAUGCUUCUACUUCUCUUCCUAUCAAGCUUCAUCCAAAUGGCAGCACUUGGCCGUACUCCAUCAUCGACCAAGUGGUCUCUUCUGUGCAGCUGCUGUACAUAGUGUACAUGGGAGAGAGGCAACACGAAGAUCCAGACCUUGUGACUGCCUCGCACCACGAUAUGCUGUCUUCCGUACUAGGGAGCAAGGAGGAAGCCGUGAGUUCAAUUGUCUACAACUAUAAGCAUGGCUUCUCGGGCUUUGCAGCCAUGCUUACAGAAUCUAAAGCACACCAAAUUGCAGGUCAAAACUUCACCGUCAAACACUGCAACCGCAAGAUCAUCGGUGCAAGAUGGUACGACAGAGGCGUCGACGAUUCCGACAUCAGCGUAGACUACCGUUCUCCCCGAGAUUUUCAGGGCCACGGAACCCACACGGCUUCCACCGCGGCCGGUUCAUUCGUGGGAAACGCGAGCUUCCAUGGCCUCGGCGCCGGCGUAGCAAGAGGAGGCGCUCCUAGUGCCCGGCUGGCAAUAUACAAGGCAUGCUGGGCAAUAGGAGGGUGUCCCGAUGCUGCUGUUCUGAAGGCGAUAGAUGAUGCUAUCCAUGAUGGUGUGGACAUCUUAUCACUCUCACUUAGUGAAUUACUUCACCCAAUCUUUGCUUCCAUACAUGCGGUAGCAAAGGGGAUAACUGUGAUCUUCGCUGGAGGCAACGAUGGUCCCGUUCCCCAGACCAUUUCUAAUGACCUGCCGUGGGUGAUCACGGUGGCAGCCAGCACUAUCGAUCGCUCUUUUCCGACCGACAUAAUCCUUGGAAACGGACGAACUCUGGUGGGACAAUCAAUGUGCUACGCGUCCAGUGAUCCAGGAUACAAAGAACUUGUACCUUUUGGCAGUUGCUCAGUGGUGCCUCAAUAUCUCACGCAAUUAGCAGACAAGAUUGUGUUAUGCUUUGAUGCUGCCGGUGAGACCUCCCUGUUGCUAGCGGGAUUGACGCAAGCCGGAGCAAGGGGAGCUAUUAUUGCACGAUUCCCGCGCAGCUUGCUCCCAGACUGCAGCGGCAUCGCAUGCGUCCUCGUGGAUUAUGAUGUAGGCGGACAGAUAGCCAACUAUGCCAAGGUGGAAAAUGCAAGUGGGAGAAUCCCCGUGGUGCGUGUGAGUCCUGCAUCUAACAUCGUCGGGAACCAAGUGAUGUCGCCGAGGGUGGCAGCUUUCUCCUCAAGAGGGCCGAGUAUAUACUAUCCAGACUUAGUGAAGCCUGACAUCACAGCUCCGGGAGUCGAUAUCUUGGCGGCAGUGAGAGAUGGGUAUCAAUUUAUGUCAGGAACUUCAAUGGCUUGUCCUCAUGUAUCUGGAAUUGCAGCUCUUCUCAAAGUAGUGCAUCCCCAUUGGUCUCCUGCUGCCAUCAAAUCUGCACUCGUGACAACUGCUCAUACGGCCAAUGCAUACGGCUUCCCCAUAGAAGCAGAGGGAGUUCCUCGAAAGCUCGCCGAUCCUUUCGACUUUGGCGGCGGUCACAUCGAUCCUAACAAAGCCGCUGAUCCCGGGCUUAUUUAUGAUGUGGAUCCCGAAGACUACUUCAAGAUCUUCAUCAGUACUUACGCUCGAUCGAUCACUUGUGGCUUGCUGGACAGUCGGCUGUAUCACCUGAACCUGCCCUCAAUCUCUAUUCCCGACUUGAAGAAAACACCACUGACGGUGUGGAGAACCGUGACCAAUGUGGGGGACACGGAUUCCAUUUACAGGGCAAUGGUGGAGUCUCCACCGGGUGUUAACACGGUGGUUGAGCCUUCUCUUCUCCUGUUCAAUGCUUCCACGACGACGCACACCUUCGCGGUGACCUUCACGCCGCUUAUGAUGGUGCAAGGGGACUUCAACUUCGGAAGCUUGACAUGGUUUGAUGAUGGGAAGCACGCAGUAAGAAUUCCUAUCGCAGUUCGAGUGAUCAUUCAUGAUUUCAUCUCUGAUACCUCCUAAGGCUUGUGGAGGCAUCCACUCUAUGUCGAGUACCAUGGCAAUAAGUUAAAUGUUGAAGUCGUAUGGAGAAUAAAAAUUAACAUGGUACGUUGCUCCUGUACGCUUCAGUACUUA